GUUGUGCACUAAUUCAUCUCUGCUUAGAAUUAAUGCUUGCUUAAUGCUUGUUUAUUCACCGUUCUAAUUGUUUGCACCUUCUUCACCCUUUCGUCUGAGACGACGUGAAGCUUCGCCAUUAUUGGCAGAGCUCUUUAAAACAACUGUUUUAUACCUGAGCAAACAUAUUCUUUUGUCCAAUCCCUUGGAACAAUGGCUCCGGCUCAACGACGAGGGCCUUGGGUUCCUGAGGAGGAUCAGACUCUACUGCAGCUGGUACGCAGUCAGGGUCCGAAUAACUGGGUUCGCAUCUCACAACACAUGCAAUAUCGAUCGCCCAAGCAAUGCAGAGAAAGAUUUCACCAGAAUCUGAAACCAACACUGAACCAUGAGCCUAUUUCUGCUGAGGAAGGACUGAUGAUAGAGAGGAUGGUGCACGAGAUGGGAAAAAGAUGGGCGGAGAUUGCACGGAGAUUGGGGAACCGAAGUGAUAACGCCGUCAAGAACUGGUGGAAUGGGUCCAUGAACCGGAAACGGAGGGGAUUGGCGAUUCAGGCCAGAGAGAGGCUUUCGCCAUCCUCUCGCACAUUGAAUGGUCGAGUCGAACCUCCUUAUCAUCCCAUACAUCCAAUGUCGAUGUCCGGCCCGUGUGGUCGAAGCCAUUAUCAAGAGGCCAACUUUGGGGCCCAAAAACCGUCCUGGGUUUCUUCUCCUCAACGUGGACAGCAGCAACUCUCUGUCAGAUUACAGUAUCCUCAUGCCGACUCGAGAGAACGAAGGGGACCACACUCGCCGAUAGAGUACGGAUAUGGAUCUCAGCUGGAAUGGUCGAGGCCAGAGGUUGACCAUCGAUCUCCAACUAGAAGCCAACGCCAUCUCAGCCCGAUAGUUACCUAUAUGCCUCCUAUGCAUACGGAAUCGGGCGCUAUGUUUUCUCCUUCUACGACCUCAGAGAGGUCACACUCGACCUCAGCCGGACCUCCCUCGAUGGUUUCCGACCACAAUUCGAUCUGCUCUGCAUCGCCUAGAACCGCUACAUCCCCUUCGCUAAACCCAAUCCCAGUUGAAAUUCUCCCAGGGCAAGACCUGCGGCGUAGAGGCAGUGCCCCAACCCUCCAAUCGCCUUCUAGCUCGGCAGGCCUUGACGAAAGUUACUACGAUUCGAAAAAUAUUGAAUGUUUUCCGGAACCUGCCGUUCUCCGCCAGUGGGGCCCAGAUAUCUCCACUGUGCAUUCUCAUGAACCUCCUCGACACCAGCAUUGGAAGCACGAACAUUCCAAUUCAGCCCCUCAUAACCAGUUUACUCCGGCCCUGGGGUCGCGAACUCAAGCUCCAUCACCACGUCGUGACUCAAGAAUGGGACUUCAGACAUUGCUAAAUUAAGAAAAAAAACCUGAUUCGAUUUACAAUUUCCUUUAUCUACUUUUUUUCAGCGAAUCUUUGGGUACCUACGGAGUAGUUUUUACCACUCUGCGGCUUUCCUUUGUUACGGGGAAUUCCCUUCUGGGCUCCACUAACGGGCAUACGGUGAUUUUGUCUUCUUUUUGUUCUUUUCUUUUAUCAUUGCUCUUUUCCUACUACGAUGGGAUCUUAUUUUUUGCCCCCCCAAACAGUGAGUCUGCAUCAUCUAUCUACAUCAUGAUUGUUCUUGCCAUUGUCAUUAGCUCUGUUGUCCUUUCAAUUUUGGGUUAGGUUUCUCUACCAGGGAGUCAUUUUCUGAUUAUUCGUAUUUGUUCUUUGUUUGGGCUUUGGAGAUAUGCGGCUUCUAGAAAGCCCCUCCGAAAGCGCCUUUUCCUAUCCACCUAUUCUGCACAUACAUUUCUGCCUAUUGCAGUAUAUAUAUUUUGUUCUGAUUUGUAUUUUUUGGUGGGCAUUUCAUUAUGAUUCAUGGGAUUGCGACGGGCCGGGUAAAAAAAUGUUUUUCAAGGGCUGGCGCCAUUUGUUUUUUUGCCAUUUCUACACAUUUUUAACUCAUAUUUCCUUUCCAGUCCCGGUUGGGUUUUAAUCUAUCUACCACCAUUUUUUUGGCAUUCCAUGCAUGUUGUUUUUACUGUCAUUGCCAUUAUUAAUGUGUACCAGUACGCGACCCAAUUGUACAUAAUAUAACCUU